AUGCGUGCUAUGCUGAUGUACAUUACCUCUGCUGAAAUGCAGUGAAGUGUCAGCUGCUGCCUGCAUGCUAGGUCCAUUACGGUAUUCCACAGCUAUCUAGCGGUGGAGCAGAGGAACUUGACGGAUGCAGAGAUAGAGAAGAGAGGUGAGUACAAGGGAUGCACAGAUUGCUGCGAGUCCAGGCUUUAGCAGCAGCCUCAUUUUCAAGCCACAGGACCUUUUGCCAUCCUCCUCCUCGUCAUGUUGAGGAAGGGCUCAGAGCUGCUGAAGGGAGACAGAGAGGUCCUCCUGGAUCUGAAUGAGGGAGAAGCACAAACCACAGACAGCUAUGGGAGUCUGCAGAACGGGAGCUUCAUCCCGCCGAGAUAUCUUUCAGCCGCUGCUGCUGAUGAAGAUAUGGAUGGUGAUGAUCCCAUGUAUGUUUACUGUAACACAAGAAGUAACCAGGCAGUUCCCCAGCUGGGGAAUUACUUCAGAGAUGGAAGAACCAAAAUCGACUUUGUACUCGUAUGGGAGAUCCGCUCGCGGAGGAAACGUCGAGGGAAGGGGAAGAGCGAGGUGACAGGUGAGGAGGUGGAAGCAGCACCCACUGAGGAGAACAGCAGGUCUGAACGACGGAAGGCACAGCUGGCACUGUGGAGGGAGAAGUUUGUUCAGAAUCUGGAGAGUGCUGGAUUGCUCAUGGAAAAGGAGGAAACAGCGAAUGAAAAGAAAACAAUACAUUUUCUAAAACUUAGCGCUCCUUGGGACGUGUUGGUGUAUUACGCUGAGGAACUCUGUCUGAGAGCUCCAUUGCAGGCACAGCAAAAUCUGGACUUAAACACAUCUGCCCAGGUACUGAAAAAACUAUGCAUACCUAACAUAAUGACGGACUCGGUGCCAAACAGGCCGAUGGACUAUUACACAUGUGCCUUUCGCAAGUCUAAGAUGAGCAGGUUCCUUGGUUAUGAUGACCAUGAAACCUACUUCACUAAUACACAGAGACACCGUGUUGUGUAUGAGAUUCUUGCCAAGACAGUGUACGGCAAAAGGAAGAGGGCUGAAGUUGGUGUGGACCGACUGGUUAAUGAAGGGGUGUACAAAGCAGCUUUCCCCCUGCAUGAGGGCCCUUUUCGGCUUCCGAAGUAUGAGAUUCGUCCUGACGAACUGAACCAGAGGCAGAUUCUUUACCACUACUGGGCCCGCUGGUGCAAAUGGUACAAGUACCAACCACUGGACCACAUCAGGGAGUACUUUGGAGAGAAGAUUGCACUCUACUUUGCCUGGCUGGGUUUCUACACAGCCUGGCUGCUGCCGGCGGCAGUGGUUGGAACUCUGGUCUUUGUGUCUGGAGUCAUGUCCAUGGGUACCAACACACCAGCUAAGGACAUCUGUAACAGUGGAGCUAGUUAUCUGAUGUGUCCUCUCUGUAAUACAUGCAAGGCCUGGAACAUGUCUGAUAUCUGCACAAUGGCCAAGUUGGGCUACUUAUUUGACCACCCAGGUACAGUCCUCUUCAGUGUGUUCAUGUCCUUCUGGGCCGUAACCUUCCUGGAGUACUGGAAGCGCAAGAUGGCCACCCUGGCCCAUCACUGGGACUGCAUGGACUUCCAUGAAGAAGAGGAGCGUCCUCGUCCAGAGUUUGCAGCCAUGGCCCCGACUAUGGAGCCAAACCCAGUGACUGGGGUGAAAGAGCCCUACUUUCCAGAGAAGACCAGGUUUACCCGCAUGUUCACUGGCUCCAUGGUCAUCAUUAUGAUGCUGUGUGUGGUAAUGAUCUUCCUGGUGACGGUGGUCAUGUGCCGCGGUAUCAUCAGCUUGAUGAUGUUUCGUACUGGGAGCCCCAUCCUGCGUACAGAGGCCGGGACCAUAGCCAACAUCUCCAGCAGUAUUGUGAGUCUGGGCCUUAUCUUGUUGAUGGGGCAGGUCUACACUGCAUUAGCUGAGCAGCUUACUAAAUGGGAGAUGCACAGAACACAAACCCAGUAUGACAACGCCUUCAUCUUCAAGGUGUUCAUCUUCCAGUUUGUCAACUUCUACUCAUCCCCCUUCUAUGUGGCUUUUUUUAAAGGAAGGUUUGUGGGUUACCCCACCAACUAUGGGACCUUGUUUGGGAUGAGAAAUGAAGAUUGUGGUCCCGGGGGUUGCCUUAUUGAACUGGCUGAGCAACUCUUCAUCAUCAUGGUGGGAAAGCAACUCAUCAACAACAUUCAGGAGUUCAUUAUCCCUAAAGUGAAGGCUUGGCGCCAGAAGAGAACUUUGGCCAAGGUGCUGGGUGAUAAGGCAUCCCAUGAGCCUCAGCGCUGGGAAGAAGACUACCAGCUGGUGGAGUGUGAAGGCCUGUUCGAAGAGUACCUGGAGAUGGUGCUUCAGUUUGGGUUCAUCACCAUCUUUGUGGCAGCGUUCCCCCUCGCUCCGCUCUUCGCCCUCCUCAACAACUGGGUGGAAAUCCGUCUGGACGCCCACAAGUUUGUGUGCGAGUACCGCCGGCCCGUAGCAGAGCGUGCUCAGAACAUCGGAGUCUGGUUCAACAUACUGGAAGCCCUGUCACACCUGUCCGUCAUCGCCAAUGCUUUCCUAAUAGCCUUCACAUCAGAUUUUCUACCUCGUCUACUCUACCAGUACAAGUUUGAUUAUGAUCUCAAAGGAUACGUCAACUUCACCUUGGCUUACGCCCCGCUUAACUACACUGAGUACCCCAUGUGCAGAUAUAAAGCGUACAGAGACAACGAUGGAAACUACUCACUGUUCUACUGGGAGCUUCUUGCCAUCAGACUUGGUUUUAUCAUUGCUUUCGAGCAUGUGGUGUUCUUCGUGCUGCGAGCUAUCGACUGGAUCGUGCCGGAUGUCCCAGAAUCCCUGGAGCUGAAGAUCAAGAGGGAGCGCUACUUGGCCAAGCAGGCUCUGGCUGAAAACCAAGAAGCUCUGUUGGUGAGUCGAGGCCGAGGGGCCGCCCCUGCCACUCCAGGCAUCUCCAGCCCAGCAAGCAACGUGUCCUUUGGAAACAUGAGAUAGGACUCCAGUGCGGAAAAUUGGUUUGAGGGGAUAUUGCAGGAAUAAAAGACACUCCUUCACAUCUGGGAUAACAUGAGUGAACUCUUUCCCUAAAUGGAAUGCUGUUUCUGCACUAGCAUUUUGUUUUCAUUUGACUAAUUUGCAUACUGCUGCGCAGACAUUAUGAUAAGCAGGUGUGUAAUGGAGGCUAAACUUACCCAAAACUUAGUUCAGGCACCUUUUCAAAUGGAGAACACAGUUCAUGAACAUUUUUAGGCUAACACACUGAAAGCCUAAAACUUAUAGUUAUACUAGGCCUAUACAAAUGACAUCUUCACAUCUGUCCUUGAUCUGACAAGGAUCCACACCGGGUACUGAACUGGGCCCUAGCCUGAGCAGACCCUAAGAAAACAGAACACCCUGACAAAUGUGAUUAAUAUAGUUUGCUGAUUUGCUGCCCCCGAUUUGCGUUACGCCUGCAUCAAUCUCUGUUUAUUUAUUUUUUUGUUUUGGCAGAAAUGUAAAAGUACUGCCUUAAUAUAGAUAUAAUUAAUGAAAUGAAUAGUGAAAUGCUAGUUUCGGAGGAAAACUCAACAGCCUCCUCCAAAAUGCAACACUCUCAAAGUUACAAUAUGACAGGCACAAUAUGAAGCCACAUCCAUGCCAGUACUGCAAUUAGUUGUGUUUCUAGUGGCUAACUACAGUCACAGCAUGAAUUGUUCAUUCUAUCUGUUUUCAGCUUCUGUUCAGUGUAUUUAGAAUUGUACACAGACAUGACACCUGCAGCAGUGUGCGUCAGACCAAACCUGAGGUUUAGUAGAAAGUGUGGACCCAAGACCUAAUAGUGUUACAUUGAUGUUAUAUGUCUUUAAUGACAUUAAAGAGUAACCUAAUCCCGCCUAAAAAAGUCUGGUUUUUGCUGACCUCCAGUGGUUUAAGAUCUCACCUUGAUGCAGUGAUGUACAGGUGUCUUCCAGGACAUCACAGUUGGGUGUGGUUGCAGGUGCAAUAGGGUACACUUCUGAGACACACAACCACACCCAUUAGUGAAGCUGGAUGUGUUUAGAGGUGAAACUUUCAACCAGAGAGGGCCGUGAAACACUGCUGUUCAGCCUGCUGCUAAAUUUCUCUUAACAGAAGGGGUACUCCUGUGAUCUAGUAUUGCACUUCCUUAAAGGUGGAGGACAAUGCAGCAAAGGCCCAAAUAUCCUGACUAAGUCCUGGUACAGGUCAAACUUAAAAAACGCUGGCUCCUACAUUUCCUAUAAUGAAACGUCUAUUGUAGAGUUGCGAAGUUGGGGUAGUAAAAGUCUGGUUCAUUGUCUCCUAGUUGAAUCAAUAAUACAAAACAUAAGUAAUCAUGCUAGAAAAUGUCAGGAGCUUUUAGUCAAAAAUACUUCCUGUGUACAUAAAAACAUAAGUAAAGUUAACUCCCAAGGUGCAUUUCAGUAAGAGACAUCCAAUCACUGACCUAAAAUUCUUUGACAGAUAACUCUGGGUCACUUUUGGCUAAAUUUGGCAAUUAUGGCCUAUAUUUGGUGCCAUCCGCCAAGUUGAAAUGUGUCAAACUAAUGGCCAUAAACCUACAGUAUCCUUACAUUGUCCAGGACACUCUUGUGUUUCUAUGUUGAGGAAAGUUAAGGAUAUUAUUGAAACAAAUAUUUUGUAGCUUGAUUAGACUCCCUGCCUGGUAAAUACCUACGUCUUUCAAACUCCACUUCCAAGCCGAGGUAACCUCGAUGACAUCACCUGGGUUAUUUUCUCAGACUUGACAAAGUCUGUGUAUUCCUCCCCAUCAUGAGUAAACUGAUCUUUAUGUGUAAAAUCAGAGGAGUGCCCCUAUGAGUUUACAUUGUGGUUGUUUUCUUAAUGAUGACUUCUGACUUAAGGUCAGGUUAAGUGCACCUUUUUUUUCAAUGUUAAUUUUAUAAAAGGCUUUGAUUGGGAGCUUUUCUUAUUACAUAGAUUAUCUGUUGUCUUCACUGUGAUGAAGAACAUCUGCAAACAUCUGCACCUUUGUCUGCAAUGUAUGGAAUGUACACACAUACUGUAUACUGUACGUGUUUACUGUCCUUGGAUGCUGAGCAUGUCCGUCUUUUCUACUUGAACGCUCUGCAGAGUUGCUGCUGUAGGAUACUGUAAACAGGAGUGAAAUAGUACCUCAAUAUAGGACAUAUUUUCUGUGUGAGCUGUUUUGCAUUUAAGAUCUUUUAGACCAAAAUAAAUGUAGUUUGAUGAAUGCAAA